UGUAAACAUACAAUAUGUGUAAUUAGAUACGUUUCGAUAUAUGCUAUUUCUUGUACCAUUAUUUUAUAUUUCCAAAAAAUGGUUAAACACCAAUACCACUUAGGUUAAGCACACGAACAACAAUAAAAUUCAAACAUCGCAAAAAAUGCUCACAUCAACAUUACAAUACAAUAAUUUUAACCCAAAAAUAUGAAAACUUUCUAUUACUCAUACCAUAAAUUCAAAGCACUCAUGUAUCCACACAAACAUACAAUUCAGAAUACAACAUCCAAAAAAUAGUUAUAUAGUUAACAUUUGAAAAUCAAUAUAGCUCUGCUCGUAGAGCGGGUUAACUCUUAGUCUACUAUCAAAAGAUAUCCGAACUUCAAAUAUUAUCAACUGAAUUUGAAAUGAGCUCGGAUCCAAAAUAAAUCUUACAAAAUAAAAAUAUAUGAGUUCAUGCAUAUAUAGAAUCAAAUAUUAAAAAAAGAAAAGAAAAUAUCUUGCAGUAAAAUUGUUGUCAAGAUAUAAUUAAGACGAUGGAAGAAGGAUAAUACCAUUAUCAAAAUUAGCAAAUUUUAAAGAAUUAAAAAGAAUUAUGUUAAAAAAGAGAGAAAUAAAUAAUAAAGUAAAAUAACAAAAAAAAAUCAGGAAUCCAUGAAAAUAGGUCAGUAGUUAACACAUUAUGAGGAAACUGUCGUUACAAAAACUCCGAAGCUAACGUCAAAAUCUCACUUUUCUCUUCAUCAUCAGUCUCCAUUGAUCUUAAAACACGAUUGAUGUAACUAUGGAUGUGUUCUUCGAGGUUCAAAGAGGCCCAACGUUCUGCAUCGAACUAGGGUACUGGGACACAGUGCUAGAGAUCAAACAAAAGAUCGAAAAGUAUCAAUGUAUCCCUGUCGCCAAACAAACCCUUCUCUUCCAAGGCAAGGUUCUUCAAGACGAUCACGACAUCGAACAAUGUGCCAUCCUCAACAACUCUCAUCUACAGAUUAUCAGCUCGUCUCUAGGCACCGACCAACACCGCAACAAUCAAGUGCUAAAACCCGAGCAAUCUCCACCGUCAAACUCAACAGAACCGAUCCUUAACGGUCAAGAUUUGCCUGUGAUGAUGGCUAAGACCAACAACAACAACAACAAUAACAACCCUAAGAAGCUGAGAGUGAUGGUGCUGCCGAAAAACGGGACAAUGAAGAUUCCUGUGGAGGUGAACGCGAGUGAUAACGUGGGAGAGCUGAGGAAGGAGCUGGUUAAGGUUCAACAGAGGUUUCAGAUAAGUCUGCCUCAAGAAGGUUAUUUCUUUAUAUAUAAACAGAAUGUUAUGGAGGAUGACCGGUCGUUCCGGUGGCACCGUGUUGAUCAUGGUGAUACUAUUGAGAUUUUCAACGGAAGUGUUUCCGGUGGCUCUUAAUCUAGCUUUUUCUUCAAGUUAAUUUCUUGUUUAUCUUCCAUAAUUGUCAUCUGUUUCCACAGCUUUCUGCAAGUAUGUGCUUAGGAAGAUCUUAAGACAUUACUAAUAAGAAAACAUUUGAUCUGGAAAAAAGAGGAGCUUGUUGUUAUUGAGUUACUUCUUCUCCAAAGAGGCAAUCACACUUCAGUUUGAGCUCUAUAUACUCUUCAAAAUAGUUUUGAAUCGGAUUAUAUAAAAUUUAUUGAUAAUAUUUUACAUAAAUAAUUAAGAGGUAUAAGACGAUAAGUUUUUUUUAAUCAAAUGUAAAAUAUUGGUUGAACAGAAAGGCAAAAGCGUGUUUUUUUAAAUAGUAAUUGAUAUAUUAAAAUCAGCCCGUAAAGACGGGAAUUUAGAUCCGGUUACAAGCAGGUUUUGAACAAAAUUUCCAAAAUCAAUCUAACAAAAAAAAAAACCUUGUUCAUGUCAAGGGAAUUCAAUUCCAGAGAUAUUGGGAUACUUUUUGUAUCCACAAGCUGAGUGAUGCGUGUAGUACAAGAAACAAAUAAAUGCUGAACCUAUUGAGGUUAUUUUUCAGAGCCAAGAAGCAAGAAAGAGUCUCCAUGCAUGUUCUUCAUCUCCUCGUUUGAUGCACAAAAACUUCUAUCCGUCACAACUUUUUCAUGCAUGUUCUUCAUCUCCUCAUUUGAUCAAGGAAGAGUCUCUUCUCUGUUUCAUCUUCUAUAUUUCCUUUUGAGCCACGAUUCAAGAACGAUGGACCUUUUGAAGUUGCUGAUGAACAUCGAUGCACUCAGGUAAGGAUAAAUCUGUCGAUUACAUUUUCUUUGCUUUGUUACCGUGAUGUAAUUUGUAAGGAAAGAUAAAAUUGAUGGGUUUUAACUCGUUACUGUCCAUUUAGUGCUGAGGGAAAGAUAAAUUGAUGGGUCUAACUCUUUACUGUCUAUUACAUGCUCUUUAGGGAAAGAAGAACAAGAUCUUUGGUCUUUUUGUCUCUCAUAAAGCGGCUACACAUAAAGCAAUCAUGUUAGUUGUUCCGUCUCAUUUGUCUCUUAACAAACAGCUUCACAUAGAAAAUAUUUUGGGUGGUUUAGUUAUAUAAUAUUUUGGGUGGUUUAGUUGUUCUAAAAGAUAGACUUUUUGGUAUUUUCACACAUAUUAAGAAAACACAUUAAAUUACCAUAAUAAAUGUAUUGUUUUCUGUAAUUUUUAAUUUUCAAUUUUCAAUAACUUUUAACCAAUA